CUUUCAGUUCCUUGGCUCCUGGAGACUGUGGCUCUGGCAGCUCCAGUUGGUCCACACCAUGGCCACCUGCUGGCAGGGCCUGUGGGCCUAUCGCUCCUAUCUGAUUGUGUUGCUUCUGCCCAUCCUUCUGCUGCCUCUGCCCAUCCUCGUUCCCAGUAAGGAAGCCUACUGCGCCUACACCAUCAUCCUCAUGGCGCUCUUCUGGUGCACCGAGGCUCUGCCCCUGGCCGUCACUGCCUUCUUCCCCAUCAUCCUGUUCCCCAUGAUGGGUAUCCUGGAUGCCUCUGAGGUCUGCAUCGAGUACCUCAAUGACACUAACGUCCUGUUCAUCGGGGGGCUGUUCGUGGCCAUCGCUGUGGAGCACUGGAACCUGCACAAACGCAUUGCCCUCCGUGUGCUCCUCCUCAUGGGGGUGCGGCCGGCCCUGCUACUCCUGGGCUUCAUGCUGGUCACUGCCUUCCUGUCCAUGUGGAUCAGCAACACAGCCACCACGGCCAUGAUGGUGCCCAUUGCGCAUGCGGUCCUGGAGCAGCUGCAUGGCACACCCAAGGACAUCGAGGAGGGGAGUGACAACCCUACCUUCGAGCUCCAGGAACCAAAUUCCAAGAAGGAGGUGACCAAGCUUGAUAAUGGGCAAGCCACCCCUGUCACCGCUGCUCCUUCAAAGCCGAAAAUACAGAAAACCCAGGAAGAGAUCCGCUUCACACAGUGCAUGAGCCUGUGCGUCUGCUACUCGGCCAGCAUCGGGGGCAUCGCCACACUGACUGGCACCACACCCAACCUAGUGCUGCAAGGCCAGGUCUCCUCGAUCUUCCCCGAAAACCCUAACGUGGUGAACUUUGCCUCCUGGUUCGGCUUUGCCUUCCCCACCAUGGUCAUCUUGCUGAUUCUGUCUUGGCUUUGGCUUCAGAUCCUCUUCCUGGGUUUCAACUUCCGGAAGAAUUUUGGCUUUGGAGAACAGGAAAAUGAGCGAAAGGACGCAGCCUUCCAAGUCAUCCAUAGAGAGCACAAGCUGCUGGGCCCCAUGAGCUUUGCAGAAAAGGCUGUCACCAUCCUCUUUGUGGCCCUGGUGCUGCUGUGGUUCACACGAGAGCCGGGUUUCUUUAAAGGCUGGGGUAACCUAGCUUUUCCUAAUGACAAGGGCGAAAGCAUGGCCUCCGAUGGGACAGUGGCCAUCUUCAUCAGCAUAAUUAUGUUCAUCAUGCCCUCCAAGAUCCCAGGGCUGACCCAGAACCCAGAAAAACCAGGGAGGCUGAAGGCCCCUCCCGCCCUCCUCAACUGGAAGACAGUGAGCCAGAAGAUGCCCUGGAAUAUCCUGUUCUUGCUGGGUGGUGGCUUUGCCCUGGCCAAAGGCAGUGAGAAAUCCGGACUGUCUGCGUGGCUGGGAGACAAACUGGCCCCGCUGCAGAGUAUACCACCGCCCGCUACCGCCUUCCUCCUGUGUCUCCUGGUUGCCACCUUCACUGAGUGUGCCAGCAACGUGGCCACCACCACACUCUUCCUGCCCAUCCUGGCCUCCAUGGCUCAGGCCAUCUGCCUCCACCCGCUCUAUGUCAUGCUCCCCUGCACUCUGGCGGCCUCCCUGGCCUUCAUGCUGCCCGUGGCCACCCCACCCAACGCCAUCGUCUUCUCUUUCGGGGGCCUCAAAGUGUCAGAUAUGGCCCGGGCAGGAUUCCUGCUCAACAUCAUCGGAGUGCUGACCAUCACGCUAGCCAUCAACAGCUGGGCCAUCCCCAUCUUUGACCUGCACACUUUCCCUUCCUGGGCCCACUCCAAUACCACGACUCAAUGCCUUCUCAACACCACCACGCCAGGCCCCUAG